CCGAAGCGCGCCGCGCUCCCGAGCAACGGCAGGCAGGACAGAGCCCGCCGCAGAGCUCCGGGCGGGCGCGGGAAUGCCGGUUGCAGCCCCUCUCCGCCCCGCCCCUUCCCCACCUCACUCUACCCUCCCCGCGCCUCCUUCGGCAGCUCAGACCGGUCGGACGCGGCGCGAACUGCGAUUUCCGGCUACCGCCCCAACCCCGAAGUGAGGGGCCCAGGAGGGCAACCAGAGGCCUGACGGCCUGGGAAUUUCCGUCUCUUCUCUGCAACUUCGGAUGCACCUCUAAGGUCUCCGCAGGAGGAGCCCAUGGACAAGGCCUGCUGCCUGAGCUGGAGCUAGGACGACCUCCCAGGGACUGCCCAGGCCCCCUCUGCUCUCACCCUUCUGCUGGCAAGUCUGGGCAUCUGAGUCUGAAGAGGCCUGUGGGGAAACAGGGCGAAGACAAGGCCUCGCACUGCUUCUGCCCCCAGCAAGCCUCAGAAGAAGGGAGCUGUCAGCCAAGCAAAACCAAGAACGCUGUCACCAUGACAACCAGUCACCAGCCUCAGGACAGGUACAAAGCCGUCUGGCUUAUCUUCUUCAUGCUGGGUCUGGGGACCCUGCUCCCCUGGAAUUUUUUUAUGACAGCCACUCAGUACUUCACACACCGCCUGGACCAGUAUCAGAACAUGUCCUCUACUGAACCGAGCAGGGAUAUCCAGGCCUUGGCCACCACCACAGCACCCUCUCCAAAGCGGAAUUCUCUGAGUGCCAUUUUCAACAAUGUCAUGACCCUGUGUGCCAUGUUGCCCCUGCUGCUCUUCACCUGCCUCAACUCCUUCCUGCAUCAGAAGAUCUCCCAGUCUGUUCGGAUCCUGGGUAGCCUGGUGGCUAUCCUGCUGGUGUUCCUGAUCACUGCUAUUCUGGUGAAGGUGCACCUGGAUGCCCUGCCCUUCUUCAUCAUCACCAUGAUCAAGAUCAUGCUCAUUAAUUCAUUUGGUGCCAUCCUGCAGGGCAGCCUGUUUGGCCUGGCUGGCCUCCUGCCUGCUAACUACACGGCCCCCAUCAUGAGUGGCCAGGGCCUGGCAGGCAUCUUCGCCUCAGUGGCCAUGAUCUGUGCCAUUGCCAGUGGCUCAGAACUCUCAGAAAGCGCCUUCGGCUAUUUUAUCACAGCCUGUGGGGUCAUUGUUUUGGCUAUCAUCUGUUACCUGGGCCUGUCCCGGCUGGCAUUCUACCGCUACUAUCAGCAGCUCAAGCUCGAAGGGCCUGGGGAACAGGAGACCAAGUUGGACCUCAUUAGUAAAGAUCCUUCCACAACCUGUCACCCUCCAGGAGAACAGCCAAGAGCAGGCAAAGAGGAGCCUGGAGUUUCAGCCCCCAACUCUCAGACCACCAACAAAAGCCACUCAAUCCUAGCCAUCCUCAAAAAUAUCUUGGUCCCGGCUCUCUCCGUCUGCUUCAUCUUUACGGUCACCAUUGGGGUGUUUCCUGCUGUGACCGCUGAGGUCAAGUCCAGCAUUGCAGGCACCAGUACCUGGGAGGAUUACUUCAUUCCCGUUUCCUGUUUCUUGACUUUCAAUGUCUUUGACUGGCUGGGCCGGAGCCUCACAGCCAUAUCCAUGUGGCCUGGGAAGGACAGCCUCUUGCUGCCAUGCUUGGUGCUGGCCCGGUUGGUGUUUGUGCCCCUGCUGCUGCUGUGCAAUGUCCAGCCCCGCCGAUACCUGACUGUGGUCUUUGAGCACGAUGCCUGGUUCAUCAUCUUCGUGGCUGCCUUCGCCUUCUCCAAUGGCUACCUCGCCAGUCUCUGCAUGUGCUUCGGGCCCAAGAAAGUGAAGCCGGCUGAGGCAGAGACAGCUGGAACCAUCAUGGCCUUCUUUCUGUCUCUUGGCCUGGCACUGGGGGCUGUCUUCUCCUUCCUGUUCCGGGCAAUUGUGUGACCAUUGAUGAACAGAGGACUGCACCAGCUAUCUGCUCCUGCCCCUUCCUUCUGCAGAGAUGGGCAGGGGCGGGCUGUAGGUUUUCUCUUCUAGCCAACUUCUGCUUUUUCAUGGCCUGUGGUAGGCCCUGGUGUCCAGGCCCUGAGGAGGGAGCCUCUGGAUAGACAGUGGGGAAACAUUGUGGGUCUGAGGGUCAGAGUUGAGGAAGAGGACACAUUCUCUGCAUAUGCUAGAAACCCCCACACUUGGAUCUUACUGAUCCUUGAUUGAGCGGGACAACGGAGGUUCCUAGGCUCAGUGUGUGUGUGUGUGUCUGUGUGUGUUUGUGUUGCCUGUACUGGGGUGUUUGUGUUGCCUGUACUAGGGGCUAGGACUGUCUCUUCUAAGGUCCAGUCUAUCAUUUGCAAUCCCUCCUUAUCCCCCUGUCCCUCUUCCUCCAACCUCUCCUUGUCCCUCUCCUGCUUCCCCUGCCUUGUUCCCACCCAUCAUGUACCCUAUACAGUUGCCAUUUUACUGCCUUUUUUAUACUCAACAAACCAGGUACCUUCAGAGGCUCUCUGACUAAAUAAACCAUUUUUUUCCCUCCAUGGC